UUUACUUCAGUGCAGUACGAUUCUUUCUGUGACCUGAGCAGUGAAAAAUUAAAUUACAAAAGCGAAAAAGCGAAUUACAAAAGUGAAAAAUUAAAUUACAAAAAAAAUCAAGAUGAAGCGAAAUCGUCGUGCAUUUGCUGGAAACAACAAGCCAUUUGUCUUUGGAGGCAUUUACGUAAGAAUCUUAAUUUUUUUUGCAAGUGUGUGCAGGAGUGUGAGUUAAGAAUUCCCUGUGACGUCACGAAGAUAUGUAUUCCGAGUGAAAAUGCAUCACGAAAACAAAAACCAUUGUUGGAAUCAUCCAUAUUUGAUUUGUGAAAUAACAAAGUUUUCGUUUUUAUUUCUAUAAUUUGCAGCGCACAAAGUGAAAGUGUUCAUUCACAAUUCACCACAAUUGUGAACUCAUUUGCAAUAGCCACUAAAAGCGGGUUAAUCGAAAGUGCAGACCGUUGUCCGAAUUCCACCAGCAUUCACAAUGCACCCCCCAGACAUCCACCACCUUCCCCUCUCCCCUUACAUUCGUAACCCACCCAUUUGCAUUGCACUCAUUCCACUCCGUUCGUGCUUUCGAUCAACUAGAUAUGGCCAGCACUGCUAUAGUUUCACGCUGGACUUGCGGUUAUCGCUAACUUUUAUGGCUACUGAAAAUGCAUUCACCCGAAACUGUAACUAAAAUUAUUAGUUUUGGGUCAGAUAGCAAUGCCCAUUCACUCCACCGAAAGUGCCCGAAACGAGCCGGCGACCAUGAACUCAGCCGAUGACCGAAGGAUCCCCAUAACUAUUGUUUCAUGCUAAAAUAGACAGAAUUGUGAAACGUAUAGGUCGAUAGUCAAUUAUUUUACUCUAUUUUUGCAUAUCGGAGAAAAUUCUAUUAGAAUUAGAAUUAGAUUUUCUCGAACCUCUCUGCAAACAGAAUACAUUAGCGAAAAGUUAACUCACCAUGAGACUGAAUUUAUUUGUUAACCGGACUUUGCGGUUUUUAUGCCCAUUGAAUUAAAGAGACAUUGGUUACCCUAAUAGUGCAGUACACCUGAUUUUCAUAGAUUAGCAUAGACUACCUGGUCCCGGAGUCCUCGGCUGGAUCCGAUAAACGGAGAUCCACAGUCGCUGGGCAGUUGGCUCCGUUGGUGCAGAGCUUCGUUUCGGGGCACUUGGGUCGCAGGAAUGGCCAUGGCUAGUUCCGGAACUAUGGUUUUAAGUAGACCAGCCGACCACCCUGACGGUUCCGGGUAACUUGACGACUUGAUGGUUUCCGUUGGCCAGCGAGUCGCUUUUUUGUCGACCCACUGGACCAGUCCGCUGCAAGUGAUUUUGUCUAGGGUAGCCUGGCGAGCCAGGCGGAACCCGUUGCCUUCGCUAACUAAUCGACUAAUGAAACUCUUUCGCAAACGCAGAAUCCCAAUGCCACCGUCAAGCCUUUGAUCCAAAUGCCGUUGCAGGCCGCCAAUGUCCAGGAGCAGCAGUCUUCUCCGGUGGCUUUAUAUCCGACAUCGGCCUCCCCGGUGGCUGUUCAAUCGCCACAGGACGCAUUUUUGGCUGUUCAGUCGCCAGGGGCUCCUGCCCCCGUUCAACUGGCCAACUCGUCCGACCAGCAGAAUAAUCCGGAUGCGGACGCCAUUGCCUCCAAACUGCCCAUGCCAGUUAUCAUCAAGGAGGAGCCGAUCUCUGUCAACGAUGAACCGUCCGUCGACAAUAUAGAGGACAAUACCAGUGCCAGUACCAGUGCCAGCGGCAUCGGGGGCAAGAUCCCAUUUAAAAAAAUCUUCCAAAAGCGCAAGAAGUCGUCUGAACGCACUCGGGACAAGAAGUUGCGACAGAACCGCCAGCUGCGCAAGUCCAUGCUCCCCAAGAACGCUCUGAUGGCCCUCAACGAGGUGAAGGGCGUGACCAUCAGCGAUUUCACCAUCGACAGCAAUACCGACGGGGGAUUCACGGCCGUUGUCACUGUCAACUCGAAUCAGUACGAGGGCAAGGGUACCUCGAAAAUGACAGCCAAGAACGCGGCCUGCGAGAAGGCUUGGCGCGAUUUUAUUAUUGCAAAAAUGACCCCCAAGCCGCCCCGUAUUCACCAGGUGGAGAUGGGUUCGGAGCCAAUGGAUAUCAACGAGGAUGAGGCCGAUGCACCGGAUGAUGAUCUGCCCAUGUUGAAUCUGGCCUCGUUUGCCAUCUACAAGCUGUUCGCGGAGUGGGAACGGGAGGGCUAUGUCGUGCCCGAGAUGCACCCUUCGGCCAAUGCUGCCCAACAGGCGGGAGGGGAUGCCGGAACUCCAGUUCCCCCCGUGCCGAAGGAGCCAAAGAAGCCGCCAGUGCGCACCGAGCUACCCUCUGGCUGGGAGACCAUGCACCCGGCGACCAUUCUUUGCAUUAUGCGUCCGGGACUCAACUACGUGGACUACGGGUCAUCUGGCGACAAGACCAACGGCAUGCAGCAUCUGGGAAUCAUGGUGGACAACCAGGAGUUCCACGCCAACGGCAGAUCAAAGAAAAUCGCCCGUCGCAACGUGGCCGUGAAAGUGUGCAACUCUCUGUUCGGCACCAACUUCACCUACAGCGACACCACUUAAGACACCAACUCCAACCGCAGACUCCAACUGCCGACGACAACACACAUAACGGACACUCUUAACGGACAGCAAUCAGAAGAUUGCGACCCUGACGUCAAUUGCGCAACUUUAAGCGACACCACUUAAGACACCAACUCCAACCGCAGACUCCAACUGCAGACGACAACACACCUAUGCCUCUCUUAACGGACAGCAAUCAGAAGAUUGCGACCCUGACGUCAAUGGCGCAACUUUAAGCGACACCACUUAAGACACCAACUCCAACCGCAGACUCCAACUGCAGACGACAACACACCUAUGCCUCUCUUAACGGACAGCAAUCGGAAGAUUGCGACCCUGACGUCAAUUGCGCAACUUUAAGCGACACCACUUAAGACACCAACUCCAACCGCAGACUCCAACUGCCGACGACAACACACCUAUGCCUCUCUUAACGGACAGCAAUCAGAAGAUUGCGACCCUGACGUCAAUGGCGCAACUUUAAGCGACACCACUUAAGACACCAACUCCAACCGCAGACUCCAACUGCCGACGACAACACACCUAUGCCUCUCUUAACGGACAGCAAUCGGAAGAUUGCGACCCUGACGUCAAUGGCGCAACUUUAAGCGACACCACUUAAGACACCAACUCCAACCGCAGACUCCAACUGCCGACGACAACACACCUAUGCCUCUCUUAACGGACAGCAAUCGGAAGAUUGCGACCCUGACGUCAAUGGCGCAACUUUAAGCGACACCACUUAAGACACCAACUCCAACCGCAGACUCCAACUGCCGACGACAACACACCUAUGCCUCUCUUAACGGACAGCAAUCAGAAGAUUGCGACCCUGACGUCAAUGGCGCAACUUUAAGAAUUCCUUUUCUGUCAAAGUGAAGAGGCAUAUUAAACAAGAAUUUCCCAAUUUAGUUUGUAUUUGGGACAGCUCUUACUUAUGAUUUUUUAGGUGGGCCGGAGCCGUUUUCAACAACGAAUAAUUUUGAACUGCAAGAGCCGAUAAGAUUAUCCGAAUAAUCUAAACGCAGGAUUCCUUGGUAAUGCUGAUUAAUUUUUUCCGUGUAUUUUGCGACACACUGUGGGUUUGGUUUUUUUGAAAACGCUUCCACAGAAGAGGAUUUCAGUGGCAGAUUGGGUAUCAAAUAUUAAUUAUGCUUACCAGUGAAUUACAUUUUUGUCGUAAACUAGAUUAAGCUAAAUGGGUGGUAUAAUUACUUGAUUUUUAAAAACAUGAAGACAUAAGUACAUGUAUUGAAUAU